AUAACUAAUUGUAUGAUGUUUAUAAAAACAAAAAAAAGAAACAAUGCACUAUUGUUAACAAUUAUAUUUCCAGUUGUCAAAGUACCGGAACUACGUCACGUGUCAUUAUAUAACAUUGACAUCACGUGUAACGUCCGAGCUAAAGAUACGUUCACAUACCACAUUCCAGACCAAGAAAACGACACGAGCAAUGUUAACACAACAGGUACACCUGACCAUGAUAUAGGUAACGGCACAGUCAACGUUGAUCGUUCUACGGAGGACGAUAAGGACGAAGUGGAAUAUGUGAUGUACAUUGGAUUGGCUGUUGGAAUCUUGGUCAUCAUUGUCAUCAUUAUUAUUUCUGUCAUUUACUUAAGAGGGAGAUAUCUGAGUUCUGGAGACAGCAAAGAUUCCAAAAUCAACUUGUCUAAUUCCAAUUCACUAACAAACUGCAGUGACAUUCAGAAGCGGCCGCUUCCCUCGAAACAAUCAGGGACAGAUCUAGAGGCAUUAGAUGAACCUAUUCUUAACCAAAGUUAUAGUGUAGUCGCAGACGAAAUUCCAAGGCAACCAGUCCAAGCUAGUCUGACGUCACCAACAUAUGCUGAAAUAGAAGAGUACAGUGAAGCAGGCAUAAAACCUAAGCUUCCCUUAGUAAACAAACGUUCCGUUGAUAAUUCUAAACGUAAACUCCCUGCAAAACCAGACGAGGCACAAAAUUCCAUAUAUUCAGAAAUAGAAGACGCUGACGAGAAAGACGCGGGAAAUGAAAAAGAAGUUAUUUAUAAAAACAAGAAAAACCAGUCCAAAAUAAUCCCCGUAUAUAAGAAAAAGUUAUCUAAUGCAAGUAAUAUUUAUGACGAAUGUCAAGAUGUGUCUAAAACGGAUGGUGAGAAACACUAUAUCGAUAUGACUCAUAAAACAGCAGACGAGUCUGAAUACGUACCUCAUUGUAAAGUUUCCAAAGAUAUGGUGAACCAGUCUAAAAAAGACCGCGUGUCUGAUAAAUUGACCAAUCAAAAUCAGCCAAUCAUAUAUGCAGACUGUGAUGAGAAGACCAAUGGUUCAGGGAAAGAAAGCCGGAGUAAGCAACUGAAAAAGGAAUCGGUAACAAGUGAAUCUGACUCUGACGAUGAUAUCUGCAUGGUUGAAAAUGAACUUUAUGAACCAUUUGAAUCGGUUAAAGUGUGAUUUUUGUAAAGCUGGAUGAUUAUUAUUUUCAUAACGUGAUGUGCCUUGUAAAACUACAGGAUUAUUAUCUGAACUUUGUAAGACCAAAACUGUUUAUCAAUAUUAAAAUUUAGAUAUUUUUGAAUUUGGUAGAUUUCUUAAUGUUUGGAAAAAUCUUUAUUGGGGUUAUCAAAUACCACGUACACAGGAAAAUAAAAA